UGGCGCUGUGGUCGAAGUUGGUCGAUUUUGCCGUCUGUUUGCCCUUCCCGCAUCGAAAGACGUGCGAAAAUACAGCAUGCAGUCAAAUUUGUGGAUCAGGCUAAUUCCUGCGCUAAGGGCUUCUACCUUGCAAAGGUCAGCGUGUACUGGCAUCGCGGUACCCGGAGUACAGACCUCUCACCACCGAAACUACUCGAGCAGUACAGAGGAACAAGAUCUCGUUGUCAUCGGUGGUGGACCUGGUGGUUAUGUAGCCGCAAUCAAAGCUGCGCAGUUAGGAUUAAAGACUACAUGUAUAGAAAAGAAUGACACCUUGGGUGGAACAUGCCUCAACGUGGGCUGCAUCCCUUCCAAAGCAUUGCUGCACAACUCGCACCUCUAUCAUAUGGCACAUUCAAACGACUUCAAGAACCGAGGAAUCGAAGUCGACAAUGUUCGUCUAAACCUCGACAAAUUUAUGGAACAAAAGUCUAACUCGGUAAAAGCCCUCACUGGUGGAAUAGCACAUCUCUUCAAGCAGAACAAGGUCACACACAUUAAGGCCCAUGGCAAGAUUACUGGCAAAAAUGAAGUCACUGCCCUCAAGAGUGACGGCUCGUCUGAAGUUGUAAGGACCAAAAACAUCAUGAUUGCCACGGGAUCCGAAGUGACACCUUUUCCAGGAAUUACAGUCGAUGAAGACACCAUUGUGAGUUCGACUGGUGCCCUGAGCCUCAAGAAAGUGCCAGAGAAGAUGAUUUUAAUCGGUGCUGGCGUGAUUGGGCUCGAACUGGGUUCCGUUUGGUCUCGACUUGGGGCUCAAGUGACAGCUGUGGAGUUCCUCGGCCAUAUUGGAGGCAUGGGCAUCGACAUGGAGAUCUCCAAGAACUUCCAACGAAUCCUCACGAAACAGGGUCUUAAGUUCAAGCUGUCUACGAAAGUGACAGGUGCUACUCGUCAGGGUGGCACUAUCAAAGUCAGCGUGGAGGAUGUCAAAGACCCCUCCAAAAAGGAAGAUCUGGACUGUGACGUUCUUCUGGUGUGUGUUGGUCGACGACCCUACACUGAAAACCUCGGCCUGGAAGAGAUGGGCAUACAGAAGGACCAGCGUGGCCGUAUCACUGUCAAUUCUCGCUUUCAGACAAACAUCCCCAACAUUUAUGCAAUUGGGGACUGUGUCCCUGGUCCAAUGUUGGCUCACAAAGCAGAGGAUGAAGGUAUUGUCUGUGUUGAGGGUAUCAUGGGAGGCCCAGUGCACAUUGACUACAACUGCGUGCCAUCAGUCAUCUACACGCAUCCAGAAGUUGGUUUCAUUGGAAAAACUGAGGAAGAUCUGAAGUCCCAAUAUUGUGACAGCCUAGUCAAGUACACACUUAAAGGUUUUGCUGCCAUGAAAGUUGGUAAUUCUUUUUCACUUGUUGUCUCUAUACAGAAUGCUGGCGAGAUUAUCAACGAAGCUGCCUUGGCAAUGGAGUAUGGAGCAUCUGCUGAGGAUGUUGCAAGGGUUUGCCAUGCGCAUCCUACUGUUUCUGAAGCAUUUCGGGAAGCAAAUCUGUCGGCCUACUGCGGUAAACCCAUCAACUUUUAAUGUGACCAUGAAGCACAUGAAGGUAGCGUGGCGUACGUCAAUGGAUUAUGAGCUGCAGCAAGGGAGGAGCACCAUUUGCAACAAACUGUAGAGAAGCCUGGUUGCAUUGUAUAGAGUCAUGUUCUUAAUGAAAGUGUUGCAAUGUGUUGAAAAAUGUAAUAAACCACUUGUAACAUCUGUGUCCGCUCAUGCUUUACUAAACUACUUAAUAAAUAUGAGUGAUAAAA